UAAAAAAAAAAUGAAGUUAUCUAAGUUUAACGCUGUUCAGCAUAGAUUUUUUUUACUAAUUUAUAAAUAUUUAUUAUAGUUGAUCAAAAUGAAGGAAAACGUUACCUUAGCAAAGCAUGUACGAUUGAUAACUGAUAUCAAUCAAAAACGACAAGCAUUAACUCACAAAAGUUUCAAUGAGAUUUAUCCUGAAGAUCAAUCUCCAAAUUCAAAGGAUCAGAACAAAGAAUUGGCGACCAAAACACAUUCCUCACAACCUCCAAUGGAAAAUCCAAUGGAAAAUUUAGCGAUUAAUGAAAAUGCAUUUGAGCAUCUUGUAAAUGAGAGGAAUACGCCAGGAACGCAGGAUAGCAAGACAUUGACUGAUGUGUUUAACCAACAAGCAAAAAUAUUGGAAAACCAAGACGCUAUGAAAGCUCAGUUGUCAGAGAUUUUCCAAACGGAAAAAGGGUUGUUGACAUUUUGUCAAGAUCUAUGUGAAAAUAAAGUCAACUUAUCAAACAUGGAAGCACUUGGUCUGCGACAAGGUGUCAGUACUUUCAGGAUCAACGAAAGCAAUCAAGAAGAGAUUCAUUUGGGAAGAGGUGUUUGGCUUCUAAAAGAAAAAUAUGAUACAGCUGAAAGAAAUGCUGUUGGCACAUUUGCUAAGUUCGUUAGAAAUUUGGCUGUCGCAGUAUUUGGGAAAGAAACCUUAGCUCAAAGUUCCGUAUCAGGAAAGUCAGGUCCUCGAUCACAAGACAAAGAUAACGAAGGAGGUAGACUAGCACUGUCUUCGACAAAAUUACUUGCACUAAAUGGUAUGUAUAUAAAAAUUGUACAUGCACGUGUUAAAUAAUGUAUAAAAAUGUAAAAUUAUUGUGUUUAUUUACAGAUAUUUG